AUGGAAUGUUCCUUCAAUUGUGUUUGGUAUUCAUUUGGGAUUUAUGAAGAGCCUUUGACGAGUAUUCCAUUGUUACUGAGACCGGGAACUAACUCUGACUUUUAUGCUGCUAUGAUUACUGUCGAUAGAAUAAAAUUGGGAGAUAUUGUUAUCUCCAAUCAAGUUAGUGCUUACACCAUAGAUAGUAGUGCUGAUGUGUUUGUGUCACUAACUCCAGCGUUGGCAAAUUUACUUGCUGCAAUUGGAACUGAUAAAUUUGAUGAUGAUGAUGAAGGGUAUACUUGUUUCAACAUCAAAUAUUUCAAAGGUAAAACGUUGACACUCGAUGUUCAAGGUUUAGAAUUUAAAAUCCAAUUAAAUGAUUUAAACCAAGAUGGAAAAGUUGUUUAUGGAACUACUUAUGUCGCAAUUGAUCAAUACUCAGUGGAUAUUGGAAUAAAUGUUGGUGCUGGUACAUUAUCUGGAUUCUUACUUAAGGAAUGGCAUAUGGUGUGGGAUUAUGAUAAGCAUCAAAUGCAUUUUGAUAAAUGCAAACCAAAGGAUAUUAUUGAAGUUCCAAGUGGUUAUGAGUUGCCUGCUGGCACAAAAGAUGUACCAGAGCCAAUUAACACUUAUACUGCUGUUUGA